AUGUUGUUCAAAAACUACAAGGACAUUCAUAGCUUGUGGGAGGUGGCCUUGCAUCGUGUCACAAAGUUCACAAAGGAGGUGAUUUUGGUUACCUACAAUGGUGACAGUGUAUCACGAGACUAUGAGGUACACUACCGGGACCUUUGGGACUUAGCUGCUGACAUGCUUCGGAAUCCCUGCCUCUUUCCACACUUCUCAUUUGAUGCCCAUCAUUUUUCAAAGUUUGACGGAGCCACUUUUGUUCAUUUUGUUGACAAACCUUUCACUGCGCAGGACAUUUGGGAUAUACAAUCACAACUCCCACCAGGUGCUAAGCCACUGGCCUAUAUACUGUAUGCCGACAAAACAAAAUUAUCCUCAUUUGGCACUGCAAAGGGUUAUCUGGUUUAUGCUCAUUUAGUGGAGGAUGAAAAAUUGUACUCUGGAAAGCCUAGCUGGGUGAACUUUAAGAAUACUGUCUGGCACCAGUCCUUCGCAUGGAUCAUCUCUUUGUUAGCCUCAAAAUCGCAAACAGGGCAGUGGUUUGAAUGUCUAGUUGGCAUUAAGCAUUGGUUCUUUCUUUGUAUUCUCAUUCUAUCGGCCGAUUUUGAAGAACAGGGAGUAUUUGAUUACAUUUUUUGUUCAUGUGUCAUCCUCUGGCCAUGUCCUGUUUGCCUCAUUCCUCGAGAUGAGCUUUGGGAUGCUUCGAAAACUUAUCGCCAACGAACAUCAAAAGAGUCACGGGCACUUGUGAACACUGCACACGCAAAAGAAACGCUCGAAGAGAGAGAGGCACUCCUGAAAGAACAAUCCCUUCAUUUCAUCGAGAAUGUGUUUUGGGCUGUGGCAUUCACCUGUGUUUUUCGAGCAUUGUCGCAUGACCGCUGUCACUUCAAUCAUGGUGGACUUUGGUCAUGCCAUCUAUGGGUUAAAGUGCAGAAAUACCUCGGAAUCCUUGGAAGGGAGGCAGUAUCGCAAGUCAACAAGAGCUACGAAAAAUUUCCACGCUGGUGGAACCUCAAGCACCCGAACAAGGUUUUCAGUGUUACAUUCACAGACUGUUCUGUUCAUGAGGAUAUUUCUAAGGUUAUGAUAAUCUAUGCAAUGCAUGAUGUCUUGACUGAGCAUGAUUCUCUGCUCGGUUAUCUUCUCCUACGAUGUGUGUGCCUUUACCUUGAAAUGGACAUAUAUGCUGCACUGGAAGUUCAUACAUCUGAUACAAUCAGCGAGGGACAACAUACCAUCCAAGCAUUCAUGGCACUCAUGGGGAACUUCCCAAAACUUUACAUGAGUACGCAUAUAUUCGACGACAUCGAAGCUAAAGGCACUUCGUGCAAUUACAACACCAAGCCGAAUGAGCAGAUGCACAGCCACUUGAAGGACUGGUACUUGAACUGGACAAACUUCAAAAAUAUUACAGAGCAGAUUCUUCACAUUGAUCACUGGCUGCAUGUCGCAGAUGACAUCAGUCGCCAUAUAUCGGACUUCAACGAGUAUUCACAGCUGAAAUUGAAAGAUACAGGUGACAAUUUACAGGAAGAUGAUGAUCCAGAAGACACUGUAACUGCCAUCGAGGACGGUCCAGGUAUCGUUUCCUUGGAUCCAUCACUGCACAUCAAACUUGGGUCAAAACAAGCAGCACAGACCUUCGCUUUCAUUGAGAGCGCACAUCAAGCUGAUGUUGGAUUAACCAACUUCCGCAUCAAGCUUAAUGAUUUCUUGAACACGUUCUUGCCUGCCUGCAACAUUCUGCUACCAGGUGGAAAAAGAAUUCAUUUCAAAUCAGAUGACUUGAUUACUGAGUGUAGAUUCUUACAAGUCAACUAUGAGUCGCUGGUGGAUUGGCAACAACACACUGACUAUCUCCGCAUCAUUCUUGGACACCUAAUCUUUCUUUUUGAAUGUGCAGUUGGGAACGACUUGUUUUCCCUCGCUCUUGUCCACCCCUUUGAUCUUAAUCUUUUCAGGGCAGAAUUUUUCUCAGUUAGAUCCAUCAUUUGUGGAGCGCUUCUAGUGCAGGAUGGCAACUCACUUGAUUACCUCAUCGUUGACACCACUGACAUGGAUAUGUUCCUUCAUGUAAGGGCAAUGCACCUGCAAGCAGGACAUCCUGUGCGCAUCUGA